AUAAACUGGCACGAAGUAACUUCUUCCUCUCUGUUCUCCCCUUGGGUUUCUCCCCUUCGGUUUUGGGUUUUUCCACCCUCGGUAGCCAUGGAUUCAAGCUCGCUCCAGUGGGCUAAUCUCGGGAGGGACCUCUUAUCCCUGAUCGCUAAAUGCCUCGAUACUCGAGUCGACGUUCUCCGAUUUCGCGCCGUUUGCCAUUCUUGGCGAUCAUCGAUUCCGCUUCCUCCCAAAAUUCCUUCUCCAUACCCAUCUCUCAAGCUCCCUUUCCCUAUCAGCCCCAAUCCUCAUCUCCAUCCCAGGCGCCGCGGCUACUUUUUGCUCAAGGAGUACACCGUUUACGCCGUCCAACCGCUCACCAAAAUCUCUGACUCCUGUAGCACCACCGCCAAAACCUGGAUUAUCAAGAUUGAGGAGUCAAAAUCAGGUAAGGUGAUUCUCAAUGACCCACUUUUUAGAUUCCCAUUUAAGAAUCUGAACAAGAAUUUGCCCAAGGUUUUGAACUUGCUGGAUUAUAGAGUUGAUGAGAUAAGCAAGGCUUAUGGGCUUGAGUUUGUUCAGCAAGGGAAAGCCCCUGAGCUUGACUUUAAUGAACUCAAGUCUACAACUAUGAUCAGGAAAGUUGUUACAUCUUCGAAUUUAGAAAAUAUUGGUGACGGGUUUGCGGUAAUGGCGUUGCACACUGGUGGAAAAUUGGGGGUAUGGAGGAUGGGAGACAAGAAAUGGAACAAUAUCAAUGAUAACCGUGAGCGAUCUCAUUAUUCUGAUAUUGUUUAUCACAAGGGUAAAUUUUACGCUCUUGAUUUCACUGGAUUGGUCGUGUCAGUUGAUCCUGCUACAUUGAAACUUACCGAACUUUCUCCUGUGCGGAGCUUUCGCUAUGAAUAUGGUGGACAGACUAAAUAUUUGCUGAAGUCUUUUGGGGAUCUAUUUCGGAUUGAUCAGUACGAUCUUGAUGAUAGAGACCUUUGUGUUUAUUCGUCGGAUUCUGAUGAUAGCGGUCCUGUUCGGGUGAUAGUGUACAAGCUGGACGAAGAGAAGCGUGACUGGGUUCAGAUGGAAGGACUGGAUGAUCGUGUGUUGUUUGCUGGAGAUGAUGUCUCGUUCUCUGUUUUAGCAAAAGAUUUUGAAGGGUGCAAGAGGAAUUGUGUGUAUUAUCGUGAUGAUACGUUCUCUGAAGAAAAUGAGGAUCACCCUGGUUUUGAUGUUGGUAUUUUUUGCUUGGAGGAUGGUACUUCUGGUCCUUUGUCUAAGUUUCCUGGCUAUUCUAAGAUUUUCUGGCCACCUCCCACAUGGUUGAAGUCAAACCCUCGAGAGCUUCAACGUAGAACCUCAGGAUUUCUCCGAAGCAGAUCGCAUAAAUCUUCAUUGACAACACUAGUUUACCAAAGGAAAGUCAACGGACAACAAGUCAAUACCAGAACAAUAAUUAAAUUAUCAGUUUCCGAAACCCACUGCAAUCCACCAGCCAACGUUGAGCUACUCUCUUCCCCAGAUUUCUUCAAGAUGACCAACUGGACCGAUCUUCCCGAGGAGCUUUUGGAAACUAUCUCCAAAUUCCUCCACUCUCGUGUCGAUGUUCUCCGAUUUCGCUCUGUCUGCACUUCCUGGCGAUCCGCCGUUCCUUUUCCUUCCUUCGAUCAAGAUAUUCCUCCUCUUAUCCUUAAACUUCCUCCGCCCUUCGGCGUCGAUGCCGUUCUCUCUCCGGCGACCAUUUGCCGAAUGGAGGUUUCCUUUCUGAAUGAAGAUAAUUCUUCUUCUUCUUCCAAAUCAAAGCCCAAGGCCUGGUUAACUAAAAUUGGAGAGACCAAACUGGGUAAAUUGAAGUUUGUUCAUCCGCUAUCAGAUAUCCAAAUCAGGUACUCUCCAAUCACGUUGAACUUGCUGGACCUUCGGUUUUUCUCGAUAACUAAAGCUUUCAUGCUUAAAUCCCUAUCUGGCUUAUCCCUUCAUGGGAUAAAUAAAGUCCUUUUAUUUCCAAUUUCUGCUAGAUGUAUUGAAAAUGAACUUUCCAUUCUAGCCAUUUACCACGAAGGAAAAUUGGGUUAUUGGAAAUAUGGAGAUGACAGUUGGACGCUUCUAGAUGAUGCUAAUUUUCAAUAUGAUGACAUUAUUGAAUAUAAAAGCCAAUUUUAUGUUGUUGAUAGAUGGGGUACAGUUUCUUGGAUUGAUUCGUCCUUGAGGCUGAUUCAGUACUCCCCUCCCUUGUUUGGUUGUGGUAGUCGGAAGAAUUUGGUGGAGUCAUGUGGGGAUCUUUAUGUAGUGGAUAGAUAUCUUGAUGGAGAAAGGAAAACAUGGAAUGAUUAUGAGAAUCUUAAUGUUAGAGGUCUUAAUUUCCCCGCUCGUCGAAGGAGAUACAGGUGUAAUCCUAAAGCUAUUGCCUUCAGAAUACAUAAGCUUGACGAAGAGUGGGGUACAUGGGUUGACGUGAAAUCGUUGGGUGAUAGAGCCUUUGUUUUGGGUGUGGAUUUUUCCAUCUCCAUUUCAUCUGCUGAUUUUUGUGGAGGUAAAGGGAACUGUAUUUACUUCACAGAUGAUGAUAAUGCGAUGGCAAAAGGAUUAAGCAGUGAUAGCAUUCGAAUUUUCCGAUUAGAGGAUCGUAUCAUUGAGAAAGUAACAACAUUGCCCGAGUACUCUGACGUAUUCUGGCCACCCAAAUUUGGCUCAGCAUAACCUAAAUUUGCCCAAAAGUUUAAUACUAAAUACUUGGCGUUGGCCAGGGCAGCCAAAGUUUUAUCGGUUCUUUCAUAUAGCUAGAUGAGUAGAGGAAGUUUCUGAUCAUAAAAUUUUCCUAUUAAAAGAUAUUAAAAUUAAUUCCACAAGCAAAAAGCAAAAGGUAUGUUUUUUCUUUCUUAACAACAUUCCUGUGCAAUUAAUGGGUCAUAAAGUUCGCACAACACAUGACAUGUCUACGGUCUACCUGAGUAAGUGGAGAAAUUUGACAGUUAAACAUGAAAUAUCAUUUAUCACCAAAUUCAGUGAGGACAAAUCCCAGUUCUCUCAUGCUUGAAUGGAACCACAAAGGAUGAAUUUGUUUUGACAAUUAUGUCUGAAUGACCCAAAAAGGUUGUCAGUUCCACACCCAACUUCAUUGCAUGCACCUCAGCCACAUCCAUAAAGUACAGGGACUGCUUCCUUUCUUAUGCAACAAGCAUGGCCUUUCCAUUUAUAUUGCAUGCAAUGAAACCAAACCACACCCCAACCUUCAGACGUUCUGGCGUCAGCACUGAUCUUUGUUUGUGCGCUAGAUGGUGAUUCCUAUUUCUCAUUCACUCCACAAUUUGAAGACAGCAUAUACAAGUAGUGAUUCACAGUGUGUACAUAUACGAUGAAUCUGGUCUUUUCUCAUACUUUAACCAAAGACUGAAGUGUUUAUUUAUUAUUAACAUUUGUGGAUGUCACUAAUAAGGAAGUUAGUCUGAAUCUUUUUUUUAUUUUCGUUUGGUUUGCUUUCUCAAUUUCUAGUUCUUUUAAUGUGUAUCAGUAUCGCAGAGUUCCGCCGCUUGCCUAGGUGCCCUGGCAAGAUGUGGAGCUUUGAAUUUGAUCUUAGGCGGGGAUAGACUCCUGUCACUGUGAGGUGUUAAAGAUAUUUUUUGCAGUAUGAAGUCAUAGCCACUCCUAUAUGUAAGUCGAUUAAAAGCCGUCGUGAUCCCCACCUUCCAUGCAUUAUCUGUCGAGUGAUCAUUGUAGAUACUUUAAGCUUACAUAAGCACGUGACCAAGGAUGUUAAUGAACCCUGAAUUUAAGGGAUGUUUACAUAGUAUCAAAAUCAUCUGUCCACAGAAUGUGGAAUACUUUACCGUUUAUCUAUUUUGUUUAAUAUAUUAUGUUCUGGAAA